AUGGAGUCUGUGACGUUCAAGAAGCUGGUGAAAGGUCAUGCUUACUCAGUCACCGGCCUGAAGAAGGUAGGUUAAAUAGACUAGACCAGGAAGUUUGGUUUUACCCGAGUCUGACUCCGGUGUAUCUGGGUCUUCAGACCCUGCUUGGGAACCCUGGUCCAGAGGUAAGUCAGACCCUGGUCUCCCUGGUCUCUGUCUCUAGUGUCAGUGUUUCUACAAUGUGUUUAUUGUUGAACUGCAUGUGUCUGAUUCUGUCCCGCUCCAGGUAGAUUACCAGGGUCAGACGGAGAGGUUGAUCAGGGUGAGGAACCCCUGGGGACAGGUGGAGUGGACCGGCGCCUGGAGUGACAAGUGAGUUUAAAACAGAACCCCCUACUAGGUCCACAUUCACAACAACAUAUUUACAACCUAACCUGGCACUAACCCCAGAGUUUCACCACAAACCUCAUCUUUUGCUUACACAUUCAUGAAGUUUCUGUCGUAGAUUUUAAUAGAUUCUGUUUCUCAGGAUACUAUUGGUCGGUUCUUGUCUCCCUAUGUGUAGCUGAUUGAUUGUUUAUUUAAUUGGCUGAUUGAUUGUUUGUUUAUUUGGCUGAUUGAUUGUUUAUUUAAUUGGCUGAUUGAUUGUUUAUUUAAUUGGCUGUUUGAUUGUUUAUUUAAUUGGCUGAUUGAUUGUUUAUUUAAUUGGCUGAUUGAUUGUUUAUUGAAUUGAUCGACUGCUCUGUUCUUAACUCCCUGUCUGUGUCCAGUUCUCCUGAGUGGGAUGAGUUGGACCCAUCUGAGAGAGAGGACCUGCAUCUAAAGAUGGAGGACGGAGAGUUCUGGUAAGAUGGAGCAUGAUUACAUGCUGAGUUCUCAGUUGUUUGAAAUGACCCUGGAAUUCUGUAAUCUCAGAACUCAGAACCAAGGUGUGCUGGUCAGCUUCUUCUACAUGUAUGUUACGAGAGACCACAAAAUCUACAUCUUCAGCUGCCAUUGUGAUGAAAAUAUCAUAUACACUAUAUAUAUACAAAAGUAUGUGGACACUCCUUCAAAUUAGUGGAUUCUGCUAUUUCAGCCACUCCCGUUGCUGACAGGUGUAUAAAAUAGAGCACAUAGCCGUGCAAUCUCCAUAGACAAACAUUUGCAGUAGAAUGGCCUUACUGAAGAGCUCAGUAACUUUCAACGUGGCACCGUCAUAGGAUGCCACCUUUCCAUCAAGUCAGUUCAUCAAAUUUCUGCCCUGCUAGAGCUGCCCCGGUCAACUGUAAGUGCUGUUAUUGUGAAGGGGAAACGUCUAGGAGCAACAACGGCUCAGCCUCGAAGUGGUAGGCCACACAUGCUCACAGAACGGGACCGCCGAGUACUGAAGCGCAUAGCGCGUAAUAAUCGUCUGUCCUUUGUUGCAACACUCACUACCGAGUUCCAAACUGCCUCUGGAAGCAACGUCAGCACAAUAACUUUUUGUCGGGAGCUUCAUGAAAUGGGUUUCCAUGGCCGAGCAGCCGCACACAAGCCUAAGAUCACCAUGCGCAAUGCCAAGCGUCGGCUGGAGUGGUGUAAAGCUCACCGCCUUUGGACUCUGGAGCAGUGGAGUGAUGAAUCACGCCUCGCCAUCUGGCUUUCCGACAGACUAAUCUGGGUUUGGCGGAUGCCAGGAGAACGCUACUUGCCCAAUGCAUAGUGCCAACUGUAAAGUUUGGUGGAGGAGGAAUAAUGGUUCGGGCUAGGCCCCUUAGUUCCAGUGAAGGGAAAUCUUAACACUACAGCAUACAAUGACAUUCUAGACGAUUCUGUGCUUCCAACUUUGUGGCAACAGUUUGGGGAAAGCCCUUUCCUGUUUCAGCAUGACAAUGCCCCCGUGCACAAAACGAGGUCCAUACAGAAAUGGUUUGUCGAGAUCGGUGUGGAAGAACUUGACUGGCCUGCACAGAGCCCUGACCUCAACCCCAUCGAACACCUUUGGGAUGAAUUGGAACACCGACUGCGAGCCAGGCCUAAUCGCCCAACAUCAGUGCCCGACCUCACUAAUGAUCUCGUGGCUGAAUGGUAAGCAAGUCCCCGCAGCAAUGUUCCAACACCUAGUUGAAAGCAUUCCCAGAAGAGUGGAGGCUGUUAUAGCAGCAAAGGGGGGGGGGGACCAACUCCAUAUUAAUGCCCAUGAUUUUGAAAUGAGAUGUUCAACGAGCAGGUGUCCACAUACUUUUGCCCAUGGAGUGUAUAUGUUUUAAAUCGCCCCUAAUCACCCCACGUCGAUAGGAUGUCGUUCCAGGAGUUCCUGAGGCAGUUUUCCCGUCUGGAGAUCUGUAACCUGACGGCGGACGCUCUGAGUGAGGACGGCCUCAGCCACUGGAACACCAUCAAGUUCCACGGCAUGUGGAGACGGGGGAGUACCGCCGGGGGCUGCCGUAACCACCCCAGUGAGUCAUAGAACAUCGAACAUGUCUUCCAGAACACGUAGAAUAUUUACAUUACAACAUUAACACCCCAUACUGCAGAAUAUUAACACCCCAUACUGCAGAAUAUUAACACCCCAUACAGCAGAAUAUUAACACCCCAUACUGCAGAACAUUAACACCCCAUACUGCAGAACAUUAACACCCCAUACUGCAGAACAUUAACACCCCAUACUGCAGAACAUUAACAAUCCAUACUGCAGAACAUUAACACCCCAUACUGCAGAACAUUAACACCCCAUACUGCAGAACAUUAACACCCCAUACUGCAGAAUAUUAACACCCCAUACUGCAGAAUAUUAACACUCCAUACUGCAGAAUAUUAACACCCCAUACUGCAGAACAUUAACACCCCAUACAGCAGAAUAUUAACACCCCAUACUGCAGAACAUUAACACCCCAUACAGCAGAAUAUUAACACCCCAUACAGCAGAAUAUUAACACCCCAUACAGCAGAAUAUUAACACCCCAUACUGCAGAAUAUUAACACCCCAUACUGCAGAAUAUUAACACCCCAUACUGCAGAAUAUUAACACUCCAUACUGCAGAAUAUUAACACCCCAUACUGCAGAACAUUAACACCCCAUACAGCAGAACAUUAACACCCCAUCCUGCAGAACAUUAACACCCCAUCCUGCAGAACAUUAACACCCCAUACUGCAGAACAUUAACACCCCAUACUGCAGAAUAUUAACACCCCAUACUGCAGAACAUUAACACUCCAUACUGCAGAACAUUUACACCCCAUCCUGCAGAACAUUAACACCCCAUCCUGCAGAACAUUAACACCCCAUACUGCAGAACAUUAACACCCCAUACUGCAGAAUAUUAACACCCCAUACUGCAGAACAUUAACACCCCAUACUGCAGAAUAUUAACACCCCAUACUGCAGAACAUUAACAGUAGAAUACAAGGGCAUGUGGGGAAGAGGGAGUAUAGCUGUGGCUUGCCUCAACCACCCCAGUGAGUCAGUCACUAUGUUCCCAGAACAUCUUACAUCUCAGAACAGAUAGAAUGUUAGCCUGGGUGCAAGGCUCUUUAGCUAACAAUCCACUCCUUGUCUUUGCCUUGUCAUUGCCUUGUCUUGUCUUUGGUAAUGAAAAGGAGUGGCAAGGAGUGGAAUGUUAGUUAAAUAGACUUGUACUACUACCCAAACUUCAUUUACAGUACAGGAACCGGAGGCUGUCGGAACCACCCCAGUGAGUCACAGAACCACUUCCAGAACCAACAUUCCAGAACGCCUAUAUUCUAGAGCUUUUACAGUACAGGGGCAGCCCAGAAUGUGAAAGGGGGAGGGUCAGCACGGUCCGGGGGGCUGUCGGAACCACCCCAGUGAGUCACAGAGUUACUAGUACAUUAUUUACAUACCAGAACGCAUAGAUUAGAACAUACCAGAACACAUAGAUUAGAACAUACCAGAACGCAUAGAUUAGAACAUACCAGAAGGCAUAGAUUAGAACAUACCAGAACGCAUAGAUUAGAACAUACCAGAACGCAUAGAUUAGAACAUACCAGAACGCAUAGAUUAGAACAUACCAGAAUGUAUAGAUUAGAACAUACCAGAACGCAUAGAUUAGAACAUACCAGAACAUGAACAUUUAUAGUAUAGUACAGAUACAGCACAGCCAGAGAGGCAGCCAGAACCUCCCCAGUGUCAUAGAAACAUCUUACAUAGAACGUUAUACAGGACAGAACAGGAACCAUCCCAGUGUCAUAGAAACAUCUUACAUAGAACGUUAUACAGGACAGAACAGGAACCAUCCCAGUGUCAUAGAAACAUCUUACAUAGAACGUUAUACAGGACAGAACAGGAACCUCUCCAGUGUCAUAGAAACAUCUUACAUAGAACGUUAUACAGGAGAAAACAGGAACCAUCCCAGUGUCAUAGAAACAUCUUACAUAGAACGUUAUACAGGACAGAACAGGAACCAUCCCAGUGUCAUAGAAACAUCUUACAUAGAACGUUAUACAGGACAGAACAGGAACCAUCCCAGUGUCAUAGAAACAUCUUACAUAGAACGUUAUACAGGACAGAACAGGAACCACCCCAGUGUCAUAGAAACAUCUUAUAGUAUAACAUUUAGAGUAGGAGCAAAGAUCAUAAUUCAUGUGUUAUUUUUUUCGGGAAAAUCACCCCAGAGCUUUUCGAACAGCUACACAUGUACAUAUUACCUCAACUACCUCGUACCCCUGCACAUUGACUCGUUACCGGUACUCCUUGUAUAUAGCCUCGCUAUUGUUAUUUUAUUGCGUUACUAUUUCAAAGAAAAAAAUUAAGGAAAGAAGUAGAGGGUGCUCAACCUAAAAAUGUGUAGACGUCAUUGGACAGGAAAAGGCGCUCGCUCACCAUAAAAAAAUAUUUGUUUUAUUAGACAAGUUUAAAAGAUUGACCUUUCGGCCUUCAAUGGCCUUCAUUUUUUAUUUAUUUAACACAUUACUUUUUAACUAUGCAUUGUUGGGAAAGGGCUCAUAAGUAAGCAUUUCACGGUAAAGUCUACACCUGUUGUAUUUGGCGCAUUCGACAAAUAAAAUGUAAUUUGAUUUGACCAGAUGGGACAUCUAUAACACAUCGGUUGUAUGGAUUACCUUUAAUGCCAGACAAGUAAGCGCCUGCUCCUGUAUUGUCCAGACACGUUCUGGAUCAACCCCCAGUAUAAGAUAACUCUGCUGGAGGAGGAUGACGACCCUGAGGAUGACGAGGUGGCCUGCAGCUUCCUGGUGGCUCUGAUGCAGAAGGACAGGAGGAGGUACCGGAAACAGGGGCAGGACAUGCACACCAUCGGGUUCGCCAUCUACGAGGUGAGAAACGAGCUUCAAAAAAGGAGUCUACAGCCACAUCUCUGGGAAAAAACGCUACACACUCACUACUUUCUGCUGCUCACAGAAUUGCAUUGUUUUCAAAGUUUAAUGUUUCUCCUAUUGUAUCUUCUGUUUGUGCAGAUUCCAGAAGAGGUAUGAAUAAUUUAGGCUCAUGUAUUUGGGCAUUGUGAAAAUGAUCCAACUUGGGUAUGGCUAUAAAUGCAUUAUUCCUUUUAAGUGGCACUUAUUUACAUGAAUAUGGGCCAGUUUCCCGGACGCAAGGUUAAGCCUAAUCUUGGACUAAGAAGCAUUUUCAAUUGAGAAUUUCCAUUGAACAUAUUCUUUUGGUCUAGGACUUAACCUGUGUCUGGUAACCUGGACUGCAGCAUAUGUAGUUGAAGCCAUGUCUCUACCUUCCACGUCCUCUGCAGUACAGGGGCUGUCAGAACGUGCACCUAAAGAAAGACUUCUUCCUGACCCACUCCUCCUGCGCUCGCUCUGAAACCUUUAUCAACCUGAGAGAGGUCAGCAACCGUCUCAGUCUGCCUCCGGGAGAAUACCUCAUUGUCCCCUCCACUUUUGAGUCUGGCCAGGAGGCCGACUUUGUCCUGCGAGUCUUCACUGAGAAACAGUCUGAGACGGAGUAAGUGUGUGUGUGUGAGAUCCUGUAAUUCAUUACAUAUGACAUAAGGCUUUUCUUAUUGGAAGACUUGAUAUGUGGGUCACCAUGCCAGUGUGUGACUGUGUGUAUAUUUUCAUUGUCUGUUUUCUCAUUCCAGAGAGCUAGACGAUGAAAUCUCAGCAGACCUGGAAGAUGAGGUGGGUUUUCCUGUAUAGUCACUCACUACCGUAACUACUAUGGUUAGAAAAGUCAAUACCACAACUACUAUGGUUAGAUAGAACAGUCACUACCAUAACUACUAUGGUUAGAGAGAACAGUCACUACCAUAACUACUAUGGUUAAAACAGUCACUACCAUAACUACUAUGGUUAGAACAGUCACUACCAUAACUACUAUAGUUAAAACAGUCACUACCAUAACUACUAUGGUUAGAACAGUCACUACCAUAACUACUAUGGUUAGAUACAGUCACUACCAUAACUACUAUGGUUAGAACAGUCACUACCAUAACUACUAUGGUUAGAUAGUACAGUCACUACCAUAACUACUAUGGUAGAUAGUACAGUCACUACCAUAACUACUAUGGUUAGAUACAGUCACUACCAUAACUACUAUGGUUAGUACAGUCACUACCAUAACUACUAUGGUUAGAACAGUCACUACCAUAACUACUAUGGUUAGAACAGUUACUACCAUAACUACUAUGGUUAGAUAGAACAGUCACUACCAUAACUACUAUGGGUAGAUAGAACAGUCACUACCAUAACUACUAUGGGUAGAUAGUACAGUCACUACCAUAACUACUAUGGUUAGAACAGUCACUACCAUAACUACUAUGGUUAGAACAGUUACUACCAUAACUACUAUGGGUAGAUAGAACAGUCACUACCAUAACUACUAUGGUUAGAGCAGUCACUAUUAUAACUACUAUGGUUAGAACAGUCACUACAAUAACUACUAUGGUUAGAUAGUAGUCACUACCAUAACUACUAUGGUUAGAACAGUCACUAUUAUAACUACUAUGGUUAGAACAGUCACUACCAUACACUAUGUAAACAUCACUACCAAUUACUAUGGUAGAUAGUAACAGUCACUACCAUAACUACUAUGGUUAGAUAGUCACUCCACUACUAUGUAUAACGUCACUACUAACUACUAUGGUAGAUAGUAACAGUCACUACCAUAACUACUAUGGUUAGAUAGUACAGUCACUACCAUAACUACUAUGGUUAGAUAGUACAGUCACUACCAUAACUACUAUGGUUAAACAGUCACUACCAUAACUACUAUGGUUAGAUAGAACAGUCACUACCAUAACUACUAUGGUUAGAAGACAGUCACUACCAUAACUACUAUGGGUAGAUGACAGUCACUACCAUAACUACUAUGGUUAGAUAGACAGUCACGACCAUAACUACUAUGGUUAGAUACAGUCACUACCAUAACUACUAUGGGUAGAUAGACAGUCACUACCAUAACUACUAUGGUUAGAUAGUACAGUCACUACCAUAACUACUAUGGUUAGAACAGUCACUACCAUAACUACUAUGGUUAGAACAGUCACUACCAUAACUACUAUGUUGUAGUCACUACAUAACUCUAUGGUUAUACAUCACUACACUAACUAUGGUAGAUAACAGUCACUACCAUAACUACUAUGGUGAAGUCACUACAUAACAGGUAACAGUCACUACCAUAACUACUAUGGUUAAACAGUCACUACCAUAACUACUAUGGUAGAAACAGUCACUACCAUAACUACUAUGGUUAGAUAGAACAGUCACUACCAUAACUACUAUGGUUAGAACAGUCACUACCAUAACGACUAUGGUUAUAGAACAGUCACUACCAUAACUACUAUGGUUAGAACAGUCACUACCAUAACUACUAUGGUUAGAACAGUCACUACCAUAACUACUAUGGUUAGAACAGUCACUACCAUAACUACUAUGUUAGACAGUCACUACCAUAACUACUAUGGUUAGAUAUAGUCACUACCAUAACUACUAUGGUUGAGAACAGUCACUACCAUAACUACUAUGGUUAGAACAGUCACACCUAACUCUAUGUUACAUCACUCCAUAACUACUAUGGUUAGAUAAACAAGUCACUCACCAUAACUACUAUGGUUAGAACAGUCACUACCAUAACUACUAUGGUUAGAACAGUCACUACCAUAACUACUAUGGUUAGAUAGUACAGUCACUACCAUAACUACUAUGGUUAGAUAGAACAGUCACUACCAUAACUACUAUGGUUAGAUAGUACAGUCACUACCAUAACUACUAUGGUUAGAACAGUCACUACCAUAACUACUAUGGUUAGAUAGUACAGUCACUACCAUAACUACUAUGGUUAGAUAGUACAGUCACUACCAUAACUACUAUGGUUAGAUAGUAGUCACUACCAUAACUACUAUGGUUAGAACAGUCACUACCAUAACUACUAUGGUUAAACAGUCACUACCAUAACUACUAUGGGUAGAUAGUACAGUCACUACCAUAACUACUAUGGGUAGAUAGUACAGUCACUACCAUAACUACUAUGGGUAGAUAGUACAGUCACUACCAUAACUACUAUGGGUAGAUAGUACAGUCACUACCAUAACUACUAUGGUAGAGAAUACAGUUAACACCUACCAUAACUACUAUGGUUAGAUAGUACAGUCACUACCAUAAUACUAUGGGUGAAGACAGUCACUACCAUAACUACUAUGGUUAGAACAGUCACUACCAUAACUACUAUGGUUAGAACAGUCACUACCAUAACUACUAUGGUUAGAACAGUCACUACCAUAACUACUAUGGUUAGAACAGUCACUACCAUAACUACUAUGGUUAGAACAGUCACUACCAUAACUACUAUGGUUAGAACAGUCACUACCAUAACUACUAUGGUUAGAUAGAACAGUCACUACCAUAACUACUAUGGUUAGAACAGUCACUACCAUAAGCACUAUGGUUUAGAACGUCACUACCAUAACUACUAUGGGUUAGAGACAGUCACUACCAUAACUACUAUGGUUAGAAAGUCACUACCAUAACUACUAUGGUUAGAUAGAACAGUCACUACCAUAACUACUAUGGUUAGAACAGUCACUACCAUAACUACUAUGGUUAGAACAGUCACUACCAUAACUACUAUGGUUAGAUAGAACAGUCACUACCAUAACUACUAUGGUUAGAACAGUCACUACCAUAACUACUAUGGUGAUAGAACAGUCACUACCAUAACUACUAUGGUUAGAUAACAGUCACUACCAUAACUACUAUGGUAGAUAGAACAGUCACUACCAUAACUACUAUGGUUAGAUAGUACAGUCACUACCAUAACUACUAUGGUUAGAUAGUACAGUCACUACCAUAACUACUAUGGUUAGAAUCAGUCACUACCAUAACUACUAUGGUAGAUAGUACAGUCACUACCAUAACUACUAUGGUAGAAGUACAGUCACUACCAUAACUACUAUGGUAGAUAGACAGUCACUACCAUAACUACUAUGGUUAGAAAGUCACUACCAUAACUACUAUGGUUAGAACAGUCACUACCAUAACUACUAUGGUUAGAACAGUCACUACCAUAACUACUAUGGUUAGAACAGUCACUACCAUAACUACUAUGGUUAGAACAGUCACUACCAUAACUACUAUGGUUAGAACAGUACACCGUACUACUUGUAACCACUACCAUACUACUAUGGUUAGAUAGACAGUCACUACCAUAACUACUAUGGUAGAUAGUACAGUCACUACCAUAACUACUAUGGUUAGAACAGUCACUACCAUAAACUACUAUGGGUAGAUAGUACAGUCACUACCAUAACUACUAUGGUUAGAUAGAACAGUCACUACCAUAACUACUAUGGUUAGAUAGAACAGUCACUACCAUAACUACUAUGGUUAGAUAGUACAGUCACUACCAUAACUACUAUGGUUAGAUAGUACAGUCACUACCAUAACUACUAUGGCUAGAUAGUACAGUCACUACCAUAACUACUAUGGUUAGAACAGUCACUACCAUAACUACUAUGGUUAGAACAGUCACUACCAUAACUACUAUGGUUAGAUAGAACAGUCACUACCAUAACUACUAUGUAAACCACACCAAACCCUGGUUAGCUCUCAUAACAUGGUUUGAAAGGUAUACUACACAGGAAGACUCACCUUGACAUCAACCUGUUGUGCUUCUAGGUCAUACACAUAAAUGGACAUCGACGACUCAUUAAUCAUGUUGCUCAGUGCAGAGCUAGCCAUUCAUUAUUUGUUCAACGUACUACCUUAUAUGAUUUCCAUCGUAGAUAUCCAUCUGUUGUCUAUAUCUAAUUAGCUACAUUAAUAUGCCUCUGAACUAAUUUGUUCCAAGGUUAUUUAAAGGAUGGACCUCCAAGAUUUCUAAUCCCUAUGCUAUGUCUAAGCCAUGUUUUUUUCUCAAUCGCCCUUCUGUGUUUUAGGACAUGGAGAUUUCUGUCCGCGAGCUUAGGACCAUCCUGAACAGAGUAGUGACUAGACGUGAGUACAGCAGUUUCCUUUGGUUUGAACCCCCAAUGUCCUGAUAGCCAAACCCCAACCCCAGGACAGCCCACCAUUGGUGUAAGCCCCCCCUUUUCAGGAGGACAGUGGGUGUAGCCUUGUGGGUUCUGCUGUAGGGGAGACUCAGAUCAUCGGUUUGACUGUUUGUUUGUUGUGUGAUUUUAGACAAAGACCUGAAGACAGACGGCUUCAGUAUUGAGUCCUGUAGGACCAUGGUCAACCUUAUGGAUGUAUCCUUUUCACGUUGUUUUCCCCCACACCCGUAUUCUGGACAGGACUCACCCGCCCCUUGCUAAUUCUGAAGAGUUGGGAUUGGCCAGUGGUCUUUGAUUUGACAGCCCUCCUGCGAGUCAGCUUCCUUUAUAUGCUGUCUGUGUUGAACAGGGUCUCCACACUAGCAGCAUGUUUCUGAUUGACUGACUGAAGACUUUUCAUUUAAAAAAAAAUUACAUUCCCUGACUCAACAAUCCCCCAGAAGGAUGGCACGGCCCGUCUUGGCCUGGUAGAGUUCCAGAUCCUCUGGAAUAAGAUCAGGAAGUGGCUGGUAAGGCCUGGCUUGUAUCCCAAAUGGCACCCUAUUCCCAAGAGUGCACUACGACAACAGAGAUCUAUCUGGGUUAGGGUUACCCUGGACAAUUAGGAUUUGGGACUCAGUCGGCAGUUUCUUAGGUACACCCCCCCCCCCGUUCACAAAAAUGGUUCGCUCCUACAGACAGUGAGUCACCUGGCCGUGGUGGGCAGACAGGCAUCGAGGCAUUCGGUUACUGUUUGAUUGAUACGUUAGAAUGGGCGAAACGAGUGACCUAAGCGACUUUGAGUGUGGCAUGAUCGUCGGUGCCAGGCACGCCGGGUCCAGUAUGUCAGAAACGGCCGACCUCCUGGGAUUUUCACGCACGACAGUGUCUAGGGUUUACAGAGAAUGGUGUGACAAACAAAACAUCCAGUCAGCGUCAGUCCUGUGGGGGAAAACAGCUCGUUGAUGAGAGGGGUCGAAGGAGAAUGGCAAGAAUCAUGCAAGCUAACAGGCGGGUCACAGACAGACAAAUAACAGCGCAGUACAACAGCGGUGUGCAGAACGGCAUCUCGGAAUGCAUAACUCGUCCAUCCUUGUCACGGAUAGGCUAUUGCAGCAGACGACCACACCGGGUUCCAUCUGUAGAGAAUAUGAUAUCUGUGUGUUUAUCGGUAGGUCAUCUGUAGAGAAUAUAUCUGUGUGUUUAUCGGUAGGUCAUCUGUAGAGAAUAUGAUAUCUGUGUGUUUAUCGGUUGGUCAUCUGUAGAGAAUAUGAUAUCUGUGUGUUUAUCGGUAGGUCAUCUAUAGAGAAUAUGAUAUCUGUGUGUUUAUCGGUAGGUCAUCUAUAGAGAAUAUGAUAUCUGUGUGUUUAUCGGUAGGUCAUCUAUAGAGAAUAUGACAUGGACAAGUCCGGGUCCAUGAGCUCCUAUGAGAUGCGACUUGCUGUGGAGUCUGCAGGUAUAGUUGUCUAAACACACACACACACACACACACACACAUACACAUACACACACACACACACACACACACACACACACACACACACACACACACACACACACACACACUACUGACUCUGUCAUCUCCCUCAUAGGUUUUAAACUGAACAACAGACUGAAUCAGGUCCUAGUGGCUCGCUACGCUGAGAACGAGGCCAUAGACUUUGACAACUUCAUCUGCUGUUUGGUCAAACUGGAAGCCAUGUUUAGUAAGUACUGUACUGUUAGUUAAUCAAGAUGGAUGUGCUGUGUGUAGACCUAAUGCACGCUAAACCAGUUACCUGGGCAGUGUUCAUUAGGGCGUGCAACCGAAAAUGCUUUAAAACCUUUUUCUUAUUGCACAAGUCUAGGUAGUCCCUUCUUGUUUGUAUGUUUUCUUCCAUUUGGUGCCUAAUCGACAUGACCCUGGUCACAUGACCCUGGUCACAUGACCCUGCUCAUAUCCUGUCAAAGUUAUCAUUCAUGAUAAAUGUACUUACUAUUUUUACAGGAUCUUUCCAGCAGCUGGACAAAGAGGGUGAAGGAGUGGCUGAGAUGAACAUCACUGAGGUGGGUCCUUUAUCUGAGAUGAACAUCACUGAGGUGGGUCCUUUAUCUGAGAUGAACAUCACUGAGGUGGGUCCUGUAUCUGAGAUGAACAUCUCUGAGGUGGGUCCUGUAUCUGAGAUGAACAUCUCUGAGGUGGGUCCUGUAUCUGAGAUGAACAUCUCUGAGGUGGGUCCUGUAUCUGAGAUGAACAUCUCUGAGGUGGGUCCUGUAUCUGAGAUGAACAUCACUGAGGUGGGUCCUGUAUCUGAGAUGAACAUCUCUGAGGUGGGUCCUGUAUCUGAGAUGAACAUCUCUGAGGUGGGUCCUGUAUCUGAGAUGAACAUCACUGAGGUGGGUCCUGUAUCUGAGAUGAACAUCUCUGAGGUGGGUCCUGUAUCUGAGAUUGAACAUCACUGAGGUGGGUCCUGUAUCUGAGAUGAACAUCAUCUGAGGUGGGUCCUGUAUCUGAGAUGAACAUCACUGAGGUGGGUCCCUUGUAUCUGAGAUGAACAUCACUGAGGUGGGUCCUGUAUCUGAGAUGAACAUCUCUGAGGUUGGGUCCUGUAUCUGAGAUGAACAUCUCUGAGGUGGGGUCCUGUAUCUGAGAUAACAUCACUGAGGUGGGUCCUGUAUCUGAGAUGAACAUCACUGAGGUGGGUCCUGUAUCUGAGAUGAACAUCCUCUGAGGUGGGUCCUGUAUCUGAGAUGAACAUCUCUGAGUGGGUCCCUGUAUCUGAGAUGAACAUCACUGAGGUGGGUCCUGUAUCUGAGAUGAACAUCUCUGAGGUGGGUCCUGUAUCUGAGAUGAACAUCUCUGAGGUGGGUCCUGUAUUGAGAUGAACAUCUGAGUGUGGGUCCUGUAUCUGAGAUGAACAUCACUGAGGUGGGUCUUUGUAUCUGAGAUGAACAUCUCUGAGGUGGGUCCUGUAUCUGAGAUGAACAUCACUGAGGUGGGUCCUGUAUCUGAGAUGAACAUCUCUGAGGUGGGUCCUGUAUCUGAGAUGAACAUCACUGAGGUGGGUCCUGUAUCUGAGAUGAACAUCUGAGGUGGGUCCUGUAUCUGAGAUGAACAUCACUGAGGUGGGUCCUUAUCUGAGAUGAACAUCUUGAGGUGGGUCCUGUAUCUGAGAUGAACAUCUCUGAGGUGGGUCCUGUAUCUGAGAUGAACAUCUCUGAGGUGGGUCCUGUAUCUGAGAUGAACAUCUCUGAGGUGGGUCCUGUAUCUGAGAUGAACAUCACUGAGGUGGGUCCUGUAUCUGAGAUGAACAUCUCUGAGGUGGGUCCUGUAUCUGAGAUGAACAUCACUGAGUGGGUCCUGUAUCUGAGAUGAACAUCACUGAGGUGGGUCCUGUAUCUGAGAUGAACAUCCUGAGGUGGGUCCUGUAUCUGAGAUGAACAUCUCUGAGGUGGGUCCUGUAUCUGAGAUGAACAUCUCUGAUGUGGGUCCUGUAUCUGAGAUGAACAUCACUGAGGUGGGUCCUGUAUCUGAGAUGAACAUCUCUGAGGUGGGGUCCUGUAUCUGAGAUGAACAUCUCUGAGGUGGGUCCUGUAUCUGAGAUGACCAUCUCUGAGUGGGUCAUGUAUCUGAGAUGAAAGCACGGAGGUGGGUCCUGUAUCUGAGAUGAACAUCUCUGAGGUGGGUCCUGUAUCUGAGAUGAACAUCUCUGAGGUGGGUCCGUAUCUGAGAUGAACAUCACUGAGGUGGGUCCUGUAUCUGAGAUGAACAUCACUGAGUGGGUCCUGUAUCUGAGAUGAACAUCUCUGAGGUGGGGUCCUGUAUCUGAGAUGAACAUCACUGAGGUGGGUCCUGUAUCUGAGAUGAACAUCACUGAGGUGGGGUCCUGUAUCUGAGAUGAACAUCACUGAGGUGGGUCCUGAUCUGAGAUGAACAUCACGAUGGUGGGUCCUGUUCUUCUGAGAUGAACAUCACUGAGGUGGGUCCUGUAUCUGAGAUGAACAUCACUGAGUGGGUCCUGUAUCUGAAGAUGAACAUCAUGAGGUGGGUCCUGUAUCUGAGAUGAACAUCACUGAGGUGGGUCCUGUAUCUGAGAUGAACAUCUCUGAGGUGGGUCCUGUAUCUGAGAUGAACAUCUCUGAGGUGGGUCCUGUAUCUGAGAUGAACAUCACUGAGGUGGGUCCUGUAUCUGAGAUGAACAUCUCUGAGGUGGGUCCUGUAUCUGAGAUGAACAUCUCUGAGGUGGGUCCUGUAUCUGAGAUGAACAUCUGA